CUUUACUGCCAACUAGUGGCGAAUGUGGAAACAAAGAGAACGGAAGUGACGUCUGGAUGCUGUUUUCGCGGCAAUCCUGACUUGUCAUAUAAUCCACAGCAGCGAUAGUAGUGACAGAGUGCGAGUUAUUUUAUCACAACGAGCAGGUGAAAUUGAAUUGAAGAGGAGAAAUAAAAGCGCGAAGUUUUUGUCUCCAGCCGGACACGAUGGCGGCGGUGACGGCGGAAGACUUGAGACUGGAGCUGGAGACGUUUGAUAUCUCCUGUGAGGAGGACGCGGUGCUGGACAAAAUGCUGGAGCAGUGUAUGUGCCACAGACUGAAGGGACAGGAUAUUGUGUAUGAGUGGGUCGCUUUCAGCACCACUAAAGGCCAGUUGAAGCUCACGCUCAACAACCUGGAGAUAUUCGAGCAUGAGAUUUUGAACAAAAAGCUGAAGAACAAAGGCUCAUCAAAGAGCAGCAAGUUCAGCACCACCAGGGAUGUUCACUCCAUCCAGGACCUAAUUAAAGCAGAAGAGGAAGAAGAGAAUUUACUAGAUUCCUACACAACACCAGGGAAGGGCUCUCAGAAGCGCACUCUCACCACUCCAGAACAUCCCAAGUCCAAACGCACUGCUGCUCGACUGUCCAGUCCGGGUCUGCUGUUCUCACCUGCCAGCUUCUCUCCAUGUGCGACGCCUUCUCAGAAGUACAGUGCGCGUGGUGCACGUGGAGAGGUGGUGGCCACAUUCGGUGCUGUGCAGGGUCCCCGCUGGACAGGAAAGGGUCAGACUGCAGUGCACGUGGAUUUUUUUGAGGGACCUGAAGACUCGCUCACCAGCUCCUAUAAAUACAUGUUCCAGAGGCUCAGAGAUAUACGAGAUGUUUUGAUUGAGAAGAUUGACUUGCUGGGGGAGGAGCUAAGAUCCCACUUCAGCAUAGAGGAAUUUUCUCCCGUCUCGCUUCCUGCUCAGGACACCGUAUCUGUGUUAGGUCAGGUGUGCUGUGACAGUAACGGGAAGCUGAACGCUCAGUCAGUACUGUUGGAGGCGAGUCAGGAACACGGGGCCAGACAGGUGCCUGUAGAUUUGUCCGAGCUCAAAGACUACUCGCUCUUUCCUGGACAGGUUGUCAUCAUGGAAGGAUUAAACACUUCUGGUUCGAGGUUUGUUGCUUCCAAACUCUAUGAGGGUGUUCCAUUGCCCUUUUACUCAAGUCCGGAGCUAAAGCAGGAAAUGAAUGACCAGCCUGUGAUGGUAUUAGUAGCCUGUGGGCCAUACACCCCUUCUGACAGCUUGACCUACGACCCUCUAAUUGACCUGAUUAACAUCAUUAAUAAAGACAGGCCUGAUGUCUGCAUUCUGCUUGGACCGUUUGUUGAUUCCAAACAUGAGCAGAUUGAGAAAGGUCAGGUAACAGAAACAUUUGAAACCAUCUUCUCCAAAUGUAUAGAGAGCAUUGUGGAUGGAACCAGAGGGACAGGCUGCAAGUUAGUGUUUGUUCCCUCUCAGCGAGAUGUACAUCAUCAUUACAUUUACCCCCAACCCCCUUUCACUCUGCCAGACUUGAAGAAAGACGAUGUUCCAAGAGUGACCUUAGCCCCAGAUCCUUGCACACUCCUGAUUGGUGGUGUUGCAUUUGGUAUGACAUCUACAGACAUUCUGUUUCACAUGGGAGCUGAGGAAAUCAGCUGUGCUACAGGCUCAGACCGAUUCUCUCGGAUCAUGAAGCACAUGUUGACUCAGAGGAGUUAUUACCCUCUAUACCCCCCUGCUGAGGAGGUCAAUAUGGACUAUGAAAGGUUCCAGCAGUAUGGCCAGCUGCCCCUCACUCCCGAUAUUCUCAUCGUCCCUUCUGAACUGCGCUAUUUCAUUAAGGAUGUGAUUGGCUGCGUGUGCAUCAAUCCUGCACGUCUGACCAAAGGGCAGGUAGGAGGAACUUACGGGCGCUUACUGAUCCAGCAGAACCCAGUGCACGAGGAAGGGAAGCGAGUGAGCCCCUGUAUAGCAGCACAGGUGGUGAAAGUAUAAAGAACAGUUUUGUGUCUACUUAUUGAUUUACAUUUGUAUGUACAAUUUCUUUUAAUGGCUAUAAAUCAUUUUUUACAAUAAAAAAUAAAAAAAUAAAAUGUAUAGUAAUGGAA